AGUGUCUCCAGCACACACUUAGAUUUCGCUCAAGCGCAUACACCGCCUCUGGAUAAACAUAAAGUCAGAGAAAUAACUGUAAAAAGGAGGACUUCUGUUCUUUUUUAACCUAGGAUAAACCGAUUGGAAACAACCAACUGGGACGAUUCCUGGCAAUAUGGGAAAUAAAAAAGAGGUGGAAGUAGCGGAAGAUGAGAAUGAAAGAGGGAAUUGGGGAGGAAGGUUAGAUUUCCUUUUAUCAUGUAUUGGAUAUGCUGUCGGUUUGGGAAAUGUGUGGAGAUUUCCAUAUUUGGCAUACAGAAAUGGCGGAGCCACAUUUUUAAUACCAUAUAUUAUUAUGUUGGUUAUUGCUGGGUUGCCACUCUUCUUUAUUGAAUUGGCUAUUGGUCAGUUCUCUUCAGAAGGUCCAAUCACGGUAUGGAAGGUCAGCCCUAUUUUCUCAGGUAUUGGAUUUGGAAUGUGUAUAGUUAGUGGAAUGGUCAGUAUUUAUUAUAACAUCAUCAUCAUGUACGCUAUCUACUAUAUGUUCGUAUCAUUCGUUCAUUUGGAUGACCUUCUUCCAUGGCAGUCUUGUAACAACACCUUUAAUACGGAGGCUUGUCGUGUCGAACCCUAUCCAGAUCUAAAAUCAAUGAAUGAAAGUGAUAAAAUGACGGCACUCAAAGAUGAAGUUAUUAAUAUAACUUGUGUUGCCAGUAAAUAUCUGGUGAACUUCACUGAUAUUUACAAUACAUCUACACCAGUGACGGAGAUGGAUCUGAACUCAACCAUGUUGAUGAAUACGAUAGCAAAAGAUUGCAAAUUCUCUUAUCAAACACCCUCCGAACAAUAUUGGUCACGAUACGUAUUACAAAUCCAAGAUUCUAAUGGUAUUGAAGAUAUUGGUGAUGUUAGUUUGAGGAAUUGUCUUUGUCUUUUCUUCGCCUGGAUUCUUAUAUUCUUUUGUUUAAUAAAAGGAAUUAAAUCUACUGGAAAGGUUGUAUAUUUCACUGCUACAUUCCCCUAUGUUAUUCUUGUUAUUUUGUUGAUCCGUGGUGUGACAUUACCAGGAUAUAUGACAGGAAUUGAAUUCUAUGUUAUCCCUAAACCAGAACUACUGCUUAAUGCCAAGGUAUGGGGUGAUGCUGCUACCCAGAUUUUCUACUCUCUGGGUAUUGGUUUUGGUGGAUUAUUAACCAUGUCAUCAUACAAUAAAUUUAAAAACAACGUUUACAGGGAUGCUAUAUUAGUGUCAUGUAUUAACUGUGGUACCAGUAUUUUUGCCGGUUUCGCCAUUUUCUCCUUACUAGGAUUCAUGGCCACAGUAACCAAUCAGGAUAUAGAAGAUGUUGCUAGCCAAGGUCCUGGUUUGGCAUUUAUUGCUUAUCCUGAAGGAAUUGCUCGACUCCCCGUGGCACCCAUAUGGGCUUUCUUAUUCUUCUUCAUGUUGUUGACACUUGGUAUGGACAGCCAGUUCGCUAUGAUGGAGACCUUGAUCAGUGGUAUUACUGACAUUUUCCCCCAUAUUUUAAGAAAACGAAAACUGGUUUUCACUUUCUUCUGCUGUAUGGUUGGUUUCUUGCUAGGUAUUCCUAUGACAGCCAAGGGUGGAAUUUACGUCAUGACAUUAAUGGAUUGGUAUACCGGAAGUUAUAAUUUGAUGUUUUUGGCCUUGAUGGAGAUUAUUUGUCUUAUGUAUGUCUAUGGUUUUAAGAAUUUCUGUGAAGAUAUUUCCUUGAUGGUUGGAUACAAACCUAAUAUUUAUUGGUUGGCAACUUGGUUGGUUCUUACCCCAUUAGCUCUAUUGUUUAUUUUGGUGAUUUCUGGCGUACAAUACGAACCUGUUACCUAUGAAGGAUAUGUAUAUCCGUCAUGGGCUGAAGGCAUAGGAUGGAUUAUGGCCAUGUUACCAGUUGCUGUCUUUUUAAUUGUUGCCAUUGUACAAGCAGUACGAUAUGGCGGAAUUCGAGAGGCUGCUAGAACUACCAGAGAAUGGGGUCCAGCUUUACCAGAAAACAGAACAAUUCCACGAUACAACAAUUUUGGCACUGCUGAUUUGGAAGGCCAGGACAAUAUAGCAAUGGAGUACCCUACAAAAGUAUCUCCACCUGCUUAUGCUAAUGGUGGUGGUGAUAGAUACGUUGUAGAGCAUUUGUAAAUUUUAAUACGCCUUCUCAGUUUUAGACUCUAAAGUAGUUCCAAUAGUUUGAUUGUUUAUCGUAUCCACGGGAUUAUUGUUUGGAAUACAUUUUAAGCUUUAGGAUUAUCUUAGACAGUGUCUUUCAGAGAUUAUCAAACAAUGUGCUCAUUUUUAUUUUAACUUUGAUUGUUAUUUUGUGACUAAUGACGAAUUGGCGGGAAGUUAUUUUAUGAACUUCUUUAAAAACAUGAGUGAAAAUGACUUAAAUAUGUGAUAAGGAAGACUAACGCAGACCUCCUUACAAUCACACUUUUAUUUUGUGAAUAACGUAGAUAUAAUUGCACAUUAACAGUCUUAUGACGAAUCGAAAAUAACGGGGAUAUCAGGAAAAUUUUUUUUUAUAUUUUGUGAUAAAUUAACUCGCUCACACAGUUCAGUAGCAGAACAAGUGAUUGACAUUUCUCUACGAAUGAAAUGUACAUUAAUUGUCUCUCAUUACUGACGUUACUCGUUGUUAUAUUUUUGUAAACGAUUGUUAUUCGUGAUGUAUUAAUUACAAUCUGAUUAAAACACAGAUCCUAUUUCGUUUCGUUUUUUUAUAGUUCAAAAUUUCGUUUUACUUGUCUUUACUACACUGUUAUAUUACCGGCGUUCUGGGAUUAGCCAAUGAAACGGUCUGUUACAGCGAAUUCUUGAUCUUCGAUGCACGUAACUGUGGGUAAACCACUACAAACGUCAACGCGGAUUGAUAAAUCAAUGUCCGACGUCAUAGGGUCAAAAGUCGCUCGUACGACCCUGGCAAGACCUUCCACUACAACUGGUCAGAUCUUCAUGUAAGGUAGGCCAUCGAAAGUAUAAAAAAAAAGCGAAACGAAAUAUAGAUCUGUAUUUGAAUCAGAUUGUAUUAUUUAGUUUUAUUUCUGAGUUUUAUAGAGAUUUGUUUUAUGGCUUGGUUAAACUGUUUAAAUAAACUAAAUAAUGUAAAUAAUUAUAAGACAUUAGUUCUACUGCAAACUGUAAUAAUAAAAUGUUAUAACCAUUGAUUUCUAUGAAAAACUUACCGUAAUAUUCAGUGGUUUAAAUGUGGUCCAUGAACACACCAGCCAGUGCAAUGAUAUCAAACAUGGAGGGCACAGAUCACGGUUAACUUCGUAUUUUGAAUACAAAAUCGAAUCCAUUUCAGUCAAAAUGUCAAAUCAACAUUUAAUUAGAAUGAAUUUUUUGUUGAUAUUUACAAAUUGAACGCAUAAUUCGAAUUUUAGAUCGAUUGUUAGAAUUCCUUAUAUGUAUAGAAUAGAAGUGUUUAUAUUUGCGUUUUUUAUACAUAUAUUUAUAAUAUAUAUAUAUAUCAUCUUUAGAAAGAAAUCUCUUAAAUAAAGUAUUUUUAUUUUU